GCUGCUUAUCUUCUUCAUAUCUUCAGAAUCUUCCAACUAAACAAAAAUGAAAACUCUUCACUUCUUAGCUCCCAGUUCAGCUAAACCAAACAUCAUCAAUCUGAAGCAACAAUCUUACGGAGCAAUGACAGAGAUACAGUUCGUGUUGCGUCGUCAAGAAAGACGAUCUCUUUCGAUAAACUGCUCAAGCAGUGGCAACAACAACGGCAGUGAAGAGAAGGUCUCUCAGCCGUUGGAUGGAGUGGAGAUAAGGUUCAAACGAGGGUCAAGAAGGAGAAUGAGGGAAGAAGGUUCAGGAGAAAGGCAAAACGGGAAGAAAGCAGAGAAAAGUGUUCAGAAGCCAUGGGAAGAGAUGACGUUGAACGAGAAAGCGUUGGAGCUUUAUGUCGGAGAGAAAGUUUGUGCACAUCCAGUCUCCAUCACGCCAUUGUUUUGCUCUACUUAAUCAGUCACAAAUCAGCCAAGUUAUGGAGAAACAAAGAAAGCAACGGAGACAAGAGAUCAAAAACCGUACCCGUAUCCAAGUAAAGCAGGUGUUAACUGUUGUUGCUGUAGAAACGGGAGAGGAAGUUGCCAGUUUGAGAUACUGCCUGAGCUUAUACCAGGAAAAGAUGCAUAUAACGAUGACUGUGGUCGCAUGCUUGUCUACACACAAGAAACAUAGCUAAGACUUAUGCAACUAGAAUCAAUUAUUAUGCACGCUUGAGUAUUGCUUACAUAUCCUUGAUUCAAUCUUUUGCUAUCCCAUUCAUGAGCCAAAACUUCUGAUGCUAA